UACGGGACCUAGAAGGCCCCACAAAGCUGACGGUCACAUCCAGUCAGUUCUCUCAGUACUUCAAAACAGAUCCUCGUGUCGCGUAACUCGUGCAUGGAUAUCGCUGCCUAUGACGCUCUUUCGCUACCGUUGUUCAACGUCAUUUUACUACCGAUUUCGCUGGAGAUGCAAAAACGAGAUGUAGAACUACGCGUGUUCGACAUGAAUCGCAUCCAGUUAUUACACUUCGCCUGAGGCCUCAUAAAACACCGGUAGCAUUGCCUCCUUGAAAAGCCCAUAAAAAUUAGCCAUGGGUCGCACGGGGUACACAUGCAUCAGACACGUCUUCUGUUCACUUAACGUUUUGAUAUGGUUGUGCGCCUGUGGAAUUUUAGGCGCCGGCCUUUGGCUUCGAUUGGCUUAUUCCGGAUACACGACUCUUGUACCACAAUACAGUUUUGCAUCAGCUGAUUCAUUUCUUCUUGCUGCCGGCUGUCUCACCUUCAUUGUGGCUUUCUUUGGAUGCUGUGGCGCCUGGUUUCAAUCAAGAUGCAUGUUAAUCACAUAUUUCAGUUUGGUAAUUCUUGUCUUUUUGGCUGAAUUUAUGCUGGGAACACUUGCAUUCAUAUUUAAGGAUUACGUGACUAAUAGUUUGCGAGAGGAAUUAUUGUUUGGUAUCGAAAAGCAUUACAACAUCACAAGAGAACCUGGUACUUUGCCUGCCGUUUGGGAUCAUAUUCAUUCAGAGUUUCAUUGUUGUGGAGUUCGUGACUAUACAGAUUGGUAUCAGAUUAGUGCAUGGCCAGCAGAAGAUCGUGUUCCUGAUUCCUGUUGCAUCCAUCGUGAGAGAUAUUGUGGUCGUCUCGAUCCUGAAGGAAGGAAUAAAGAAUUAUGGUAUAAAGACGGUUGCUCAUCGGCUAUUCAAAUGUGGCUUGUUACCAGAUUACAUGUCGUUGGUACCGUUGGUUUACUUGUUGGUUUUCUUCAACUUUUUGGCCUCUUAACAAGCAUGAUUCUUUUUUGCACUGUCAAACAAAAACGUUCAUCUCACACCUACAAAAGUUAUGACACCACUAUCACUUAAUUAAUUUUGCAAAAAAAAAAAUUACUAUUAUCAAAUCAAGAAUUAAAAAAUCAGAAAUUUCUUUUUAAAAGUUUAUUUAAUUUAAAAUUUUUCUGCUAAUUUUUCGUAAUGAAUUUUAUAAUUUUUAUUUACAAAAUUGACAUUCCUUUGAAACAAUUUUAAUUAUUACGUUAUUAUUAAUUCUUGCAUUAAUUAUUACAAAAAUUAGAUACAAUUUUUAAUUAUUAAUUGUUUUAUUACCAAAAAAAUUAUCACAAGAAUGUGAAAUUUUUCAAAUAAAUUAUAUUUGUCGCUACUUGGAAAUUUACAAAUUCUUUUUUUUUUUUUGUUUUGACGUCAAGGAAAGUAUUACGGGUCAGAAAAAUUAUAAACUACUCUGUUGGCGGUGUUUUGUGGUUUUGCUUCACGAAACCGCAAAUGAGAAUAAGAAAAUCAGACAAGAAAAUACAUAAAAAAAAUUACGCGUCUUUUUCUAAAAAUAAAGUGUCCUUCAAUGUGAAGCAUUAAUUUUUAGUUUACAAUAUUUUUUUUUCACAAAAAACCUUCAUUCUCUUUCGUGAAAAUAAUUUGAUUUUUUUUAAUUAACUUGAAAGAGAAUAUGUGUCAUGAUAAAAAUUUCAAAAUUCUAUUUUUAUGUUUAGAAUUCUAAAAUGACGGAACAAAAAAAAAUAACAGAAAAAAAUCAAUUCGAAAACUAAUUUAAUAUUAUCUGCACAAAAAAAGAAUGAAAAACAAUUUUUUGAAAUGAAAACUAAGAAAAGCUUUUUUACUUGUUUUUAGAUAUUUUUUAUGUUAAAGGAAAGAAACUAUAUAAUUGUAAUGAUAUAAAUAUAUAAUAUUAUAUAAUAUUAUUCAAUAUAUUAUUGUAAUACUAUAAUUUAAUCGUAUAUUAUUAUAUAUUAUAUAAUAAAUAUUAUAUAUUAUAUAUUGUUAUAUUAUAUUUUAUAUGAUUAUAAUAAGACGGUUCGUGUGCAGAUAUAACCAAGAAUAUCACAUAUUUUGAAAAAAAACACGAACUUUCAUCAUUUACUCAAUAUUUUUAGUCCCUUUUUAAAUUUUAUUAUAUUAUCGAAAACACUAGUUUAAAAAAGGUAAUUUUAAACUCAUAUAAUCGUUUAUAAUAUAUUAAAAAUACUGAUAUAAUAUAUAUUUAUAUCGUAUAAUACCAAAUGUGUCAUCGACAUUACAAUUUAAUCAAAUCAUUAUAUAAAGUUCACAUUGUAUUCUUUUCUAUAUGUCAUAUAUAUAGUCACAAUCAUAUUUAUAUCAUAUACGCUCUAAUUAUUCAUUUACGUAAUUAUAUAUUACUAUCAAUUUUUUUUUGUACUCGAAAUAUUGUUUUGGAUGCAGAUAUUUUAAUGGUACGAUAAAACAUAAGAUAUAAGAUAUUUUUUUUUUAGUAAAUAUAUUGCUUUUUAUAAUAUUCAUUUCUUAGGCAAGGUAUUAAUGAUCCAAAGAAAAAAAAAACCUAGCUGUAAAUUAAAUUUAAGACUAUAUUUUUAGUGGAAAAUUAAUUAUCCAGAAAACUGCAUUUAGCGCAUUGUAAUCAUAGUUUAGAUUUUUUUUUUCAUAUUGAAGAUUUCUGGAAAGAAUCAAUAGUAUCAAAAAUAUGAUGAAAAGUUUUGUUGGAUAAUUCCACGACUAGCCAUGAAGUGUUCUAGUAAAGAAUAUAAUCUUCAAUAUGAUAUUGUUUUUUUUAAAUAUUUCUUUUUUCUUACAUCUAAGUUAAUUUUUUAGACGCGUAAUCCUAGUUUUUACAUUUUUAUUACUAUUUCUUUGUAGUUUUAAUGAAGCACACACUGCAGGACGUAGGAAAUAUUUGUCUACGUAAUUUUAACGAGAGAUAUUAUAUUUAUUUCGAUAGACACUGUAUGUACAUUUUAAACACUUAUAUAUAUAAUAUGAAAAUUUACAAAAUAAAUCAUAGAAUUAUAAAAUUGGAAA